CAAAAUCAUCAAAAGAUAUGAUUUUUUUUUAAUACAAUAUAAUUUUAUUUUACUUUACUUUAUAUCUUAUUUUUUGUUUUUUUUUUCCUUUUAUUUUAUUUUAAUUUAUACUUAUAUCAAUAAGAAAGUAGAAAGAACUUUAUCUUUUAAUUAAUAGAAAUAGAGAAUCAUGCAAGAAUAUAGAACUUAUGUAACUUUAAAUGAGUGUCCGCCUGAAUUAAGCAAAAACAAAUUGAUAAAGCUUGUACCUAAUCAGAAUAUCACUGUUAUACCAGAAUUCACUUUAGAGUCAGGAGUCAAAUUAACUAAUAUACCUAUUGCUUGGAAAUCAUGGGGUAAAUUAAAUGAAAAAGGUGAUAAUUGUAUGAUUAUAUGUCAUGCUUUAACUGGUAGUGCUGAUGUUGAAGAUUGGUGGGGUCCAUUAAUGGGUCCAAAGAGGGCAUUUGAUCCUACCAAGUUUUUCAUUAUUUGUUGUAAUGUACUUGGCUCUCCUUAUGGUUCUGCCUCUCCUUUGACAAUUAAUCCUGAAACAGGGAAAAUAUAUGGCCCGGAAUUUCCUCUAGUAAGUAUUAGAGACGAUGUUCAUCUUCAUCGCUUAGUGUUAGACUCUCUUGGUGUGAGACAAGUGGCUAUUUGUAUUGGAGGUUCCAUGGGCGGUAUGCAAGUAUUAGAAUGGGCUAAAAUGGAUGAAGAUUAUGUUCGAACAAUUGUACCUAUCGCUACAUCUGGGCGUCAUUCAGCAUGGGGAAUUAGUUGGGGUGAAGCGCAACGUCAAUCAAUUUAUAGUGAUCCAAAUUAUGUGGAAGGAUAUUAUACAGAGGAGAAUCCUCCUGUUGUUGGUUUAUCUGCAGCUCGUAUGUCUGCUUUAUUAACUUAUCGAUCUCGUAAUUCCUUUGAAUCAAGAUUUGGACGUAAAGCAGCUAAUUGGAAACCAAAAAGUCGACCCAGCUCACCUGCAGAAGCAAAUCGUUUAAUUCAUAAUGACGGUCAUCGUUCAAUCCAUCUUUCAGAAACUCAAGAUGAAACAUCUAACCUUUCAGCAGAUCCAUCAUCUAUGCCUACACCGUUUAUCUUUUCUGCACAAUCCUAUUUGAGAUAUCAAGGAAACAAAUUUAUUAACCGUUUCGAUGCCAAUUGUUAUAUUGCAUUGACACGUAAAAUGGAUUCACAUGAUAUUUCAAGAGGCAGGACAGAAGAUUAUUAUGAUGUUUUAGCUUCCAUUGGUCAACCUGCGCUUGUGAUUGGGAUUGAAUCGGAUGGAUUAUUUACUAUCUCUGAACAAUAUGAGUUAGCAGAGGGUAUGGCAGAUACAGAAAUGAUUGUGAUUCAAUCCCCUGAUGGACACGAUGGGUUUUUACUUGAAUUUGAUCAAAUCAAUAGACAUAUCCUAAAUUUUAUUAAACGUGUCUUACCAGAUAUUUAUAACACAAGUACCUUAUCUGAAGAAGAAGUAGUAGAGCAAAGUGAAGUACUUCAGGCUACAAAAACGAGUUUAUUUGGUGAGGCUGAGGUAGAUAUUACUCAAUGGUAGACUUACACACACACA